AAUCAAUUGUGUUAUGCUUUGCCUUCUGUUUAAACCAAACUUUGCUUGAAGGGAAAAAUGGAACUGAGCUGAGAGAACUUUGAGGGGCUGAAUCUUGCUUGGACUGGCAAAGAUGCUGGGUUCGUUGAGUCUUCUCGUAGCAACGCCUUUUGCUUUUCGUUCUUUCUCACCUUCAUCUAACAACAAUCGCUCUUUGAGUUCAGGAACUAAUCAUCAAAUUGCUAAACAACUGGCCACUGAAUCCGGACGUGGAUCCCAAAAAUUGCUUCGGCGACAUGUAUUUCCAGUUUAUCGAAGGGUCAGUUAUGGUUCUCCAAUAUCAGCUGUUAUGAUUGAUGAUAGUUCAACAAUUACAACCUCCGAGGAAAACACGCAAAACAUUGGUAUCUUGGAUAUUGAUUCUGCCCUCCGACCGUUUAAAGAUCACUUUCAAUAUAGAAUUAAGAAAUUUGUGGAUCAGAAAAAUCUCUUUGAAAAUUAUGAGGGAGGCUUGGAGGAAUUUGCAAAAGGUUAUUUGAGAUUUGGAUUUAACAGAGAAGAGGAUGGAAUUGUCUACCGUGAGUGGGCUCCUGCUGCUCAGGAAGCUCAAGUUGUUGGAGACUUUAACGGAUGGGAUGGUUCCAACCACAAGAUGGAAAAAAAUGAAUUUGGCGUUUGGAGUAUUAAAAUUCCGGAUUCUGAGGGAAAUCCUGCUAUUCCUCAUAAUUCAAGAGUCAAGUUCCGAUUCAAGCAUGGUGAUGGAGUUUGGGUAGACAGAAUUCCUGCUUGGAUUAAGUAUGCCAUUGUAGACCCUACCAGAUUUGGAGCACCAUAUGAUGGUGUGCAUUGGGAUCCUCCACCUUCAGAAAGGUAUGAAUUUAAGUACCCCCGUCCUCCAAAACCUAAAGCCCCAAGAAUAUAUGAAGCGCAUGUUGGAAUGAGUAGCUCAGAACCACGUAUUAAUUCAUACAGAGAAUUUGCUGAUGAUGUUUUACCCCGUAUUCAGGCAAAUAACUAUAAUACCGUACAAUUGAUGGCUGUAAUGGAGCAUUCCUACUAUGCGUCAUUUGGAUACCAUGUAACGAACUUUUUUUCUGUAAGCAGUAGAUCUGGAACUCCUGAGGACCUCAAAUAUUUAAUUGAUAAAGCUCACAGCUUAGGUCUACGGGUCUUAAUGGAUGUUGUUCACAGUCAUGCAAGUAACAAUGUGACUGAUGGACUUAAUGGCUUUGAUGUUGGCCAAAGUUCCCAGGAAUCGUAUUUUCACACUGGAGAAAGAGGUUACCACAAGUUAUGGGAUAGUCGACUGUUCAAUUAUGGUAAUUGGGAAGUCCUUCGCUUCCUUCUUUCAAACUUGAGGUGGUGGCUUGAGGAGUUCAAAUUUGAUGGGUUUAGGUUUGAUGGAGUGACUUCCAUGUUGUAUCAUCACCAUGGUAUCAACAUGCCAUUCACAGGGGAUUACAAUGAGUAUUUCAGUGAGGCAACUGAUGUUGAUGCUGUUGUUUAUUUAAUGCUGGCCAAUUCUCUGAUAAACAACAUCUUGCCAGAUGCGACUGUAAUUGCUGAAGAUGUUUCUGGUAUGCCUGGACUUGGUAGGCCAGUCUCUGAAGGGGGAAUUGGGUUUGACUACCGCCUGGCUAUGGCCAUCCCUGACAAGUGGAUUGAUUACUUGAAGAAUAAGAAUGAUGAAGAGUGGUCAAUGAUGGACUUAUCCUGUAGCUUGACAAAUCGGAGAUACACUGAGAAGUGUAUAUCCUAUGCUGAGAGUCACGAUCAGUCUAUCGUAGGUGACAAGACAAUAGCAUUUUUCCUAAUGGAUAAAGAAAUGUACUCUGGCAUGUCAUGUUUAACAGAUGCUUCUCCUACCAUUGACCGAGGGAUUGCACUUCACAAGAUGAUACAUUUUAUUACUAUGGCAUUAGGAGGAGAGGGCUACCUUAAUUUUAUGGGAAAUGAGUUUGGACAUCCUGAAUGGAUUGACUUUCCAAGAGAAGGCAAUGGGUGGAGUUAUGAAAAGUGCAGAAGGCAGUGGACCCUGGUGGAUACCGAUCACUUAAGAUACAAGUUCAUGAAUGCAUUUGAUAGAGCUAUGAAUGCACUUGAUGAUAAAUUUUCAUUCCUUUCAUCGACAAAACAGAUAGUGAGCUGCACUGAUGAAGAAAACAAGGUUAUCGUCUUUGAGAGGGGAGAUCUCGUUUUCGUGUUCAACUUUCAUCCAGAAAAUACGUAUGAUGGGUACAAAGUGGGGUGUGACUUGCCAGGGAAGUAUAGAGUUGCCCUGGAUAGUGAUGCUUGGGAAUUUGGUGGGCAUGGAAGAGUGGGUCAUGAUGUGGACCAUUUUACAUCCCCAGAAGGGAUUCCAGGUGUACCUGAAACUAAUUUCAACAACCGCCCUAAUUCUUUCAAAGUACUCUCACCAGCUCGCACAUGUGUGGUUUAUUAUAAAGUGGAUGAAAGUGUAGAAGAAACUAAUGGUAUCAAUGUAAUUAGUGUCAGUGAGACAUUAGAAAUGGAUGCAUCAAAGCAGAAGAAUGCUGAGGAAUCGGCUAUCUUGAUUCUCCCCAGGUUGAUCAUGGAGAUAAAGAAAAUCCACAAGAAACUACUGACCGUGACACCUCCAGUUUCGAUGAGGAAUUGCAAAAAGAUGGAGCAAAGCAGGAAAGUAUUGAAGAACCAGCAGCUUCUGUGCUAGACAAAAAGAUUGUGGGAAGUAAGUUAGAUGAGCCGGAAGUGGAAGAGAUGGAGGACAGAACCCCGGACGACUAAGCUUUUCGGCUCCUGCGCCAACCCUAUGCGUAAUAAGUGCUGGUUUUUGUUUUGUGAAUAAUAAUGAUAAUAAUAAUAAUAAUUUGAGGAAUGAGUAAGCAGGGGAUUUAGUUUUGUUUGCAGUUUGUAAAUUGUAUGUAGACAACAACAGUAUAGUCUGCUUAAUUACUAGUUAUUGCAUCGAAAUUCCCAUGUCUGAUCAUGAGAUUUCAACUUCAA